AUGAACAGUCCUGAUGUCUCGGAACAACAGGAGCGCGUGUCUCGUGCGGUGUCGCCUGUUCCUCCUCGGCCUGUCAAGCCACGUCAUCGACGAAGCCAGUCCGACAGUUUCCAGUUCGACCCGACGAAUCUGACUCAAGCAUCUGGGACUCGGCUUCAGGCCGUAACUUACAGCCAUCAGUCUGGCGCGAGUUCUCGUGUCGGAGCGGCUCGUCACCGUCGAAUCCGCUCUGAGGAGUUUGUCAUCGCCGCGUUUUCCGCUGUCGACGCGACCGACGAGUUGCAAGGCCCCCCUGUAACGAACGCCGUCGCGUAUCGCGGCGCGCCAGAGGCAAUUAAAGCCAGCGGCUCGAGAGGCAAGCAGCCCCCGCAAGCGCAUCCCCCGCGUAGUAAACCGCAAGAAUGGCCGCUCGCUGCGGGAGCUGGACCGACCGGUCGAAGCAACCGGCCAGCGACGGCUAGCAGUGAGCAGACUGACGGUCCGGCAGGUUGGAGCCCAGUUCCCAGACACGCGAUCCCGGAGGGGAACAAGACGAGACGUGAGGGGGAGGGGCCUGGAAUAAUCGGCGCGUUUAAGCACGGGCAUAGGCGGAGCCAAAGCGGCGGACCAGGAGGCGUCGUGGGAGGGGGCGGCAUAGCAGGAGAGAACCGCCGGCAAGCCAGUCCCCAACCGCGACCGUCAGCCGUCAGCAAUUAUUCUGACGGUCCGUCAGGAAGGCCGGGCAGCGCACCACGGAACGCCAGCCCCGAGGAGAAAGGCCGGCGCGAAGGGGCGAUUGCGGGCGCGGGUGGGGGGGACGCAAGCGGAACGGGCAGAGCAGUAGGGCCGCGGAGCGGCGUGGGAAGGGGGGGGCGGAAGGUUUCCGCCAUGGGGAAUAUCGAGGGGAGCGGGGGGGAGAAAAGGGGCGGGAGUUACGGGGAGAUAUCGCGGGGUGGCGUAAGAAGCCCCGCUGACGAUGAGUACGACGGGGAGGCGGAGGAUGUGCAGGGGAGGCGGGUGCGCAGCAGCGGAGGGGGAGCAGUUGGGGGAGCAGGAGGGGGAACAAGUGGGGAAUACGGCGGGGGAGUGGUAGAGGGAGCGGCCAUUUGGGAUAGGCGACAGGCCCGCGCCAGCAGUGAUAAGGAGCGGCAGCAGCAGCAGCAGCAGCAAUCACAGCAGCAGCAGCAGCAGGUGCAGCAAGGAACCCAGCAGCACUCCCCUCCUCGCCACGGCCAGCAGCAGCACUCCCCUCCCCGCCACGACCAGCAGCAGCAGCAGCAGCAGGCCGCGCAGCCAUUGCAGCAGCCGCUGCCACCCUUGGGAAUACCCACUGUCAGGCGGAAUUCACGCUCUUAUGACGGCGGCCCGUUAGACCUCAGGCGCUCUGUGAAAACCCCCCCUAAGAGCCCUGUGCUGCCCUAUCUGGGCGGCGCAGGCGCAGCAGGCGGAGCGACAGGGGGAGCAGCAGGGGGACGGGGGGUGUCCGCCUAUGGGAGCCCCUUGCGCAGCAGGCAAGGGGGGCAAAUAUCUUCCCAAGGCGCGCAGAGGGGCUCCGCAGCAGGCGCAGGGGGGUAUGCGGGGGGAAUGGGGGGAGGGGGAGCUGCGCCUUCAGGAGGGCACUCUGUGCGCCCAAGCCCCGGGUGGCUGGCGGGCGCACCUGGGGGAGGGGCAAGCGGAGUCGGGGGAGGCGGGGCAGGGGCAGGGGGAGGGGGAGGGGCAAGUGGCGGAGGGGGGGGCGCGGCAGGGGGAAUGCCUGUCAAGAAGAAGAUGGGCCACAGGAGCCCCGGUACCUUAGCUGCGCAGGAGGAUCGGGACCAAGCCAAGCUGGCCGAAAUCCAGAGCAUGUUUGCCAAUUGGAAUCACGGAACGCCGAUCCCGUCCCCCAAAGCUGGAGCCUCGGCUCGGGCCGAAGCUGGCUUCCCGCUUCGGACGCCCCAGCCUAGCGACUACUACCGAAUCGACGGGGGGGAAACGGAGGGGGGAGAGGGGAUGGGCGAGGAGGAAUCUGCAGCAGAGGAGCUAGGGCCGACUCGUGCGAAUGUGCUGGGAGAGCCUUAUUCGGAUAUCAGGAAGAAGUACAAACUAGCUGAGAAGGAGCUAGGGCGGGGGAACUUUGGAGUGAUCCACGUGGGGGAGAAUUUGCAGACUGGGGAGCAAUUUGCAUGCAAGAGCAUCACCAAGGCUAAAUUCGAGUGCUGGGACGACGUGGAGGAUGUGAGGAGGGAGGUGAGCGUGCUUGAGACGCUAAGGGGCCAUCCGUUUGUGGUGUCGAUCGUUGAGACCAUGGAAGAUGAAGAUGAGGUGCACAUAGUGAUGGAGCUGUGUGCGGGAGGAGAGCUCUUCGAUCGCAUUCUCGACCGCAAGUACUACGGGGAGAGGCAGGCCGCGCGGGUCAUUCGCUCCGUUGUGGAGGUUCUGGCCUACUGCCAAGCACGAGGGAUCGUGCACCGGGACUUAAAGCCCGAGAACAUUCUGCUCGUGUCGAAGAGGAGUGAUACAAGGGUUAAAGUGAUUGACUUCGGCAUGGCGUGCAUCUUGAAAUCGGGCGAGCGCUGCAAGCUGAGGGCAGGAACGCCCAACUACAUUGCUCCAGAAGUGAUAGCGAAGAACUACGGAGCAGAGGCGGACGUGUGGAGUGCGGGGGUGAUCCUGUAUGUGCUGCUGUGCGGGCUGCCGCCCUUCUGGGGGGACACCACAGAGGACGUGUUCAAGAGCAUCCUGUGGCAGGAGCUCGACUUCGAGACAGAGCCAUGGCCCGUGGUCAGCACCGCUGCCAAGGACCUCGUUCGCCGCAUGCUGUGCCGCAAGUAUGAGCGGCGGAUUACUGUCGCCGAGAUUCUGAGAUCUCUCUCAUUCUCCCUCUUCGUUUCCUCUCUCAUUUUCUCUGUCAUUCCCUCUUCAUUCCCUCUUCAUUCCCUCUUCAUUCCCUCUCCCAUUCCCUCUCUCAUUCCCUCUUCUGUUCCCAACAGAACACCCAUGGAUUAA